AUGGGAUUGGGAUCUUUGCUGAGAAUUGCAACCAAUGGAAUUUCUGGGAAAUUGGCACGUUUUGUUGUGAAUUCAUUCAAUCCAUCAGAUAUGAAAAUCCAUCUACCUAAUGCAAAGAUAGACAUAACACCAGAACUUGUUCAUGAUUUGCUUGGAAUUCCUCUAGGUGGAAAAGAUAUAUAUAACACUGAUCAAUGUGAAGGAAAAGAAUUAAUGGACUGGAAGCAACAAUACAAUUUCAAGGCUAUGAGACCAUCGGAUGUUGAAGAGAAAAUUAAAGAAUCAUCAGAUUCAGGGAUUAUUUUCAGAACAAACUUUGUAUUACUGUUUGUUAAUACCAUUUGUGAACAGAAUAAGCCUGGAACUUGUAAGACAACAGUAUUGCCACAUUUGUUAGGCAAAACACCUAUGAGAGAAAUUGACUGGUGUGGUUUUAUAACCAAUUGCUUGAAAAUGUCAAAGACGACAUGGGAUGAAACCGAUAGAGGAAACUACUAUUGUGGGCCACUUCUUGUAUUAUUGCUAGCUUAUUUGGAGUUUAUGAGAAAUGAUAAGAAUGAAAAAAGACAAAUACAUGCACUACAUUUUUGGGAUUAUGAAAUGAUGGUGAAAAGGGAAAAAGCUGAGUUAAAGAGUGGUGACUUUGGAACUUCGGAAUGGAAUGAUGAUGUUAUAGAGAAUGAUGAAGAAUCUGACACCGAUGAAAAUGAAGAUAUGAAACUCGAUGUCUGUGCAUCAAAAUUUGUAGAUCCAGAUGAAGUAAAAGUAUCAGAUAGAAUUUUUUCCAGAAUUGGUAAUAGCAGUGAGAAGGUAUUUCAGAAUAAGAGAUGGUAUGUGCUUGGAAGAGGAAUGAUUGAAACAAUGCAGGCAGGAUUAUGGGUACAUGCACAUGUCAUUGAUGCUUGGACUGAUAUUUUGAACUAUGAAGAAAAGCUUAAAUCAAAUUCUACAAUGAAUCGGUAUUUCUUUGAUACAUCAAUUGUGUUCAUAUUUGACAAAAAUAUCCCUUUCAAUCAAAGAUUUGAUAAAUUUGAGUCAAAUAUCAAAGAUGCAAUGAAAAAGGACAAAGAACUUCUGACAUUUGAAAAAGUUCACUUGGUGUUUUUACCAGUUCAUCAAAAAAAUCACUUUUACAUCAUCUGCAUAAACUUAGAGGAACCAGCGGUUGAUGUCAUUGACAAUAGGAAUUCAGUUGUAGAGUUUUCUAGAGCUUAUCGUGAUGCACCUAAUGAAUUGGUACUUGAUGAGGGCCAAUCACAAAUCAGCUUUAACUUUGGAGGGUGUUGA